GCCGAGCCGAGCGGUGCCCCGCCGGGCCGCAGGGGGCGCUGCCGCUGCCGCCGCCGGCCCGGCCAUGGCGGAUCUCCCCGGCGCUCAGGUGGCGGCGGGCCGCCCCUCACCGCUGCCGCAGACGGGCUGGGAGCGGCUCAGCGAGCUCUGGCGGCGAGACGAGCAGCAGCAGUUCCCGGAGGAGACGGUGAACAUCGCCAAGUCGGCGUUCACGGCAGGGCUGGUGGGCUGGAUCUACGGGGGGCUGCCCGCCUUCAUCAGCGCCCGCAAGGCCUUCAUCGAGAGCAGCCACGGCGAGAUCUUCCAGAACCGCGCCGAUGCCGUGCAAUCCGCACACCGUGCUGGUCUCCGCAGUUUCAUCCGCUACGGCUGGCGCUGGAGCUGGAGGGUCGCGGCCUUCACCAUGAUAUUCAACAUGGUGAGCACGGGCCUGUCAGCAUACCGAGAUAAAACCACCAUCAGUAAUUUUGCUGCAGCAGGAGCCUUCACAGGAGCCCUGUUCAGAAUGCACUUGGGCCUGCAGGGCCUGGCGGGCGGCAUCGUGUUUGGAACGGCAUUUGGGGUUCCUGCAGGAGGCCUCCUAAUAGCAAUGUAUGGCUUGGCUGGUGAGACCCUGCAGGAGAAGAGGAAUCGUGAGCGCAGGGAGCUGUACGAACAGAAGCUGGCAGAGUGGCAAUCCAGGCUCAGUAUGACUGAAAUCUUAGGCCAAACAGAAAACAGUGCCCAGGGAAGACCAGAGACGGAGAGAGCAAGAGAAUUGAAGAGUUGCUGAGUCUUUCCCAGAUCUCUGUUGUAAGAAGCUACACAGCAUUUUGAUCCUGCUUGUAAAAGCCUUCAGUCAAAGGAUCAUGGGAGUUGUGAAUGCAGUUGUAUCCUGUGAAAAAGUGUUUUGCUGAAAACAUUGUACAGGGGUGGAUAUCACUGCACAAAGAGCUUGGAAGCGCCAAACCUGUUCCACCUGAGAAGGUGGAAAUACAGACCAGAAAAUGUCACCUAGCUUUGGCAGGAAGUGGAGGCUCCAGAGCCUCAUCUAGGACCCAUUUCACUGCUGGAAAUGUCCAAACCACUAGUGAUGUAGAAAUAUUCAAGAUAAAGGAGCCUAUAAAUGGUUUGUGUGCUAAAAGUCCCCUGAUUCCAAAAGUUAAUUAUGCCCUGGUGAAAGCUGUUCUUCAGACAGUGCUUAAAGAACUUGUUGAUGGUAGUUUCUUAUUUGGCUCCUAGAGAAUUUGGGGUAUUUUGCAGUCAGUGUGGAGGAAGGGUGGAGGAGCUGAGAAUUAUAUGGAAGUACCCUGAAAAAGGCAUGUUUUGGAUUCCUCAACGGAAGCCUGAGGGAGCCACAGAAAACAUGUCUUAUUUCUGGUGGUGAUGGUGGAAAACUUGGCACUGUGGACAGUUUUAACAAUAAAAAGGCCUCUAAUUUCAUUUGCAAGUUGGAAAACGGGAUUUCCUUUGGGGGAAAUGUGGUUUAAGACACUUAAUAAAGCCAUCCAGCAGUGG